UCUGAGGUUCUUAUUUUCAAUAGGCUUUUCUCCACGCAAGACAUUAUGACAUGUCAUAAUGUGCUGCGAAGAAGGUCUACCUUAUUGAUAGUGUUGGCAAGCGUUUCCCAACCUUUUUUGCUUGUGACCCCAUGAAAAGAAGAAUGUCCACUCAUAUGUCUACCAGUUGUGACAAUUUUUUCCCUUGUUUUAUGUUAAUACUUUUGCUGAAGAUGUAAAAUUAUCCAUUCAUUUACAAGAAAAAACAAAGAUUACAGGAACAUUUUUAAAAAACAAAACAAAAACCCCCACUAGUUUUAAGUGCAGAAUUAACUUGGCAAACUCCUAGUUUAUUUCUGUUUCCCAUCAAAGUAAAGAGGGGUCCACCAAGGAGGAGACGUCACCCUGACAGCCUUCCUGCACCUGCACUCUAAUUACCAGCUAACUGUCCGCCAUGUUGACGUCAAGUGUGAUUGGCUGUUGUAGCUAAUGUUCUCCAGGCUUCAGCUAGCUUGUAGUCGAUGUUUGAAACACCACAAGGCUUCAUUUCCAUUGGUUUCGUUUUCCUGAAACUAAGCCACACCCAACACCAAGACCUAGAAAACAAACUGAUACAUGCACAACUAUUGUGGCGGACCUUCGGACGCACAUUAAGAUGGAAGCAAUAUUCAACCUACUUCAGCAGCACAGACUGGAGUCAUACUACAACCAGUUUCUCCAGUUGGGGGUAAAAGAUGAAAGAGAUUUCCUGGAUGGUGUAACAGAUGAAGAUCUAAACAACAUAGGUUUAAGUCAUGUGGAAAAGAAUCGUUUUUCAAGUAUGAAAAACUUCAUUCAAAGACUCAGAUCUCCAAAGCGGCAGGUUCAAACUGUGACACCUGUGCAAGAAUCAGUGGAGUCAUUUUCUCUGCAGUACACAUACCCCAAAUGUCCUCAACCAAAAGAGAUGAAAGAUAUUGAUCCAGUGGGGAACACAAUUGAAGAUCUGAUGUUAAGGAUCUGUCACUAUGAAAAUGUUGGCAAUUCUACAGGAGUCUGUCUCUACACAGUUGAUGGGAUGCCCUUGACAGAUGAUCCCUUCUUCAACACAUGGUCUUUGAAAGACAGACAUAUUCAGAGUGGAGAUGUAAUCUAUGCCAUAUUUACACCAAAGGAAAACCUGAAACAGGCCCCUCAGAUGCCAAAGGAAGAAGUUGAGAAAACCUGUGGAGAGGCUGUCAUCCGAUGUCACAUCAUGCUCAAGGGAGACUUCGAGCUGAAGGUGAACUUGGAAAGCGACACAUUUACAAGUCUGAAACUUAAGCUGGCAGAUGCAAGUGGAAUCCCAGCACAUGUCCUUCAUUACAGAGGUAAACAGUGUGAAGGCGAUGCACUGAAAAGCCGAAUCACUGAAGGGUCAACAGUUGCCUUCUCAUUGUCAACCUUUUCUGAUAAGACUUCAUACGAUGAGACAUUCUUCACCGAUGAUGUUGUGCCUUCAGUGCAACAAACCCAGAAAGGAAUCAGUGUGUUCCUGUCUUCACUUUAUGCUGUUAAAGAACGCCAGUCAAAAACACUACACAACAAACUGAUUGCCUACAUACGAAAACUAACUGGAUGUAACCCUCUUGCCCAAAGUUUGCAUCAGUUACUCUGCAGGAAUGAGAUGAUCACUCUGAACCAGAAGAUUGCAGUUGUUGAAGGUUUGUACAUGCUCUUCAGAGAGCUUUUGCCUCAACUUGGAACACAGCGAGGGGAAAAAGUAAUCAAGGACCUAGAUGUUUUUGAGAACUCCUUGUACUGCUGGGCACAUCUCAUAUCAAAAGCAAAGAAACAGGCAUCAGACUAUGAGGACUAUGAACCGAUCUCUCUGGUGUCAGAAGAUGGAAACCAUUUCUGUGAACCAGUCAGAGUACCUGGAGUACCAGGUGCCUUUGAAAGAGCAGAUGUUCUCCAGAAAAUCAAAGAUGGAGAGAAAAUUCCAAACUGCACCGAAGAAAUCUUGAGAGAAACAUCAUUACAGAGAGCCACUGACAUUGAGAAAAUCUUGCUCAGCUUACCUCCAUCCACCAGAACAUAUCCUCUGUGGAUUCAUCACGACAAGACGACCGGUCAGAACUUUCAGGUCAAUAUUCAGAGGACUUUUGGAAGUAUGGUGGAAGGCCUGAAAUCUGUCCCUUGUCUCAAUGUCACCCCAGCUCUACGUCUGAAGGAUCUAGGACACACUGACAUAUGUCUUGUUCUACUGAGUGAAGACAACCUUGGUGUGUAUCUGUAUAAAGAUAAAGGAUCCAAUGAUAUGAUCAAAGUGCACGAUUGUCUGGAUGGCGAGGUAAAAACGGUGGAUGUGAAUGUAUUGGCAGCCAGGACUGGUGACCAAAGAGAUGACAAGUCACUUGUCACAACCAGGACUCCGAAAGAGGCUAUUCUGGUGCUGAUAGAUACAAGCUCCUCCAUGGAAGAAGAGUGCUAUGGAAGCAUAGAAUUAAAGAAAAUUGACGCUGUAAAAGAGCUCUUUUACAACUUUGCAUCAAGGAGCCUUGCUUAUGACUUUCAUCACAUCAUUGGCCUUGUGAAGUUUGACUCCAUGGUGAAAACUCUGCACACAUUCACUGAAAAUCUGGAAAAAUUCAAGGAACGCAUACGCAUCCUAGAGCCAAGUGGAUGUACUCUGCUGUACGAUGCCCUAAGACGUGGAGUGUGUGAGUUGGAAAAGGUCAAGACAAAGUUCCCAGAUUGCAGACUUCGCAUCAUUUGUCUCACUGAUGGAAAUGAUUCUGGAUCCUCCAUAGAGCCAGUCGCUGUUACAGCCAAACUUCUAAAAUCUGACAUCAUUGUUGAUUCAAUCCUUCUUGGAAAUGUGGAGAACAACAUGCUACAUGGAAUCAGCAAUGCAACAGGUGGUUGCUGUUUCAAACCACAGACAACCAAAGACGGUCUGAAGCUGUUUGAGAUUGAGACAGUUCUGUCUUUGGAGCUCAGAAAACCCAAGAAAAAACUUGACCCAUCUUCCAUCAGUGAGAGCAUUUUAACAGGCAUCUUUGCAACUUCUGGUUAUGAUGAAUAUCCAGAGACGUCUUUGCCAAACCAGAUAAACAACAAAGUGACAGUGACAGAGAGUGCUCUGAAAAAGAAGAUUCGAGAGGCUAAAGAUGGGCGUUUCAUGGAGAAGGACAGACGAAUCCUGGAGGAGCUGAAGAGCCUGCAUUGUGACCCACAUCCCUUCUUCACCAUCUUUCCAUCAGAAUCAGACUUCACGUUCUGGAGGAUUCUCAUGCAAGGCCCUCCUGACACACCGUAUGAGAAAGGAGUGUUUGAGCUGUACUGCCAGUUCGGUCCUGACUAUCCAGUGAAGCCUCCACUUGUCCGCUUUGUCACACAAGUGUACCACUGCAAUGUCAACAGUGUGGGCCGAAUCUGCCACAACAUAUUUGACCGCAACUACAAUGCUCGCAUCACCAUUAGAGACAUCCUUGAUGCUGUGUAUGGACUGCUCAUCGUCCCUGAGCCUGACGAUCCACUGGACAGCAUUUUGGCUGAGGAAUUCCUGACCAGCCGUGAGACGUACGAACAAGAAGCUAAGAAACACACAGAGGAAACAGCAGGGAGCUCACUGGAUGACAUGGAGAAGAAAAUGGUGGAUCCUGUGCCACAAUAUAUACCCCAACAUCUCAUCUGUCCACUCACCAAGAAGAUGUUUGUUGAUCCUGUGAAAACAGUGUAUGGCAGCGUGUAUGAACGCAAAGCCAUUGAGGAACACCUCAAACAACACCAGUAUGAUCCGUUGGUUGGCUCAGGACAUGAGCUUGAAGUUGGUGACAUAACAGCAGACCGAGACAUGAAGAAAAUGGUGACAGAGCAUCGCUCUCGUCAAAUUCAGUGAAUCUGUGGUGCAAGUUAAAGCUCUGUGAUUUUACAUAGUCAUAUGAGCAAAGGAAACUAGCCAGAUACUCUUUAUUUUUUUCUAUCAAAGUUAAUUUUGUUAUUUAUAAUUGCCUAAUGUUAGUUAAUUCACAUAAUUAUGGUAGAGGCACGUUUUAUUGUAUUUAAGGUCAUUGAAUGAUGACAGAUUUGAUAUUUGCACUCAGCUUGUCAGUGGUGUGGUGCUUGUGUCACACAAACCACAAAUCUGCACUACACCAGGUCAGGUACGCCUCACUAUUUUGUAGCGAUACAACUGUCUGAAGUGCUGUUUAGUGAGUGCUUGAUAAGCCUGUUCAUAUUUAGUUUUUAUCAUUGUUAACAUAUAUUUUCCACAGUUUGUAAGGUAAUACAAGUCCAUAAACCUCAACUGCAUAAUGAUAAACAUAAUGAAGGUUGUGAAAAUGUUUCUUAUUGAAUAUAAAAGUGAAGUUUGAGUGGUUGUGAAUAUUUUUUUUCCCCUGAUAAUCAAAACACUGUGUGGACAGUGAAAAGUCAGUUAUUUGGUUUCUCUGUUGAGUUUUGUUUGUGCAAUACAUGUUUUACAUAUUGUCAUAUGUAUUCUCUAUGCACAGUUUAAUCACUUAACCAAUGUUUAAAUUACUUUUUUGGAGUAAUAAAAGUUUGAGUUCAUUGCAUUUGUCUGCUAGUGAUAAAAGGCAGAAAAGUGGUGGAUGUGGGAUAUAUGGCAUAUUUUUUUAUAUAAUAUUGCAGCAACCUUUCUUUUCAGUAAAUCAUACAUGGAGAAACAACUUAUAUUAAUGUGCUAUUAAUACACAAUACUGGGAUUUAUUUUCAUGCAUAACUUGUAAUUGCUGUUAAUUCUAUAUUAAAGACAAAAAAACUCAAA